GAAGAUUAGACGGAGAGAAAUCUUUAUAUCUAACUCAACACGGGAAUGUUAUCAUCAUUAUAACCCAACUCUCUCUCCCUCUGUUGAGUGAGUAGAGCGUGUGUUUGAGUCAGUGAUGGAGAAACUCAUUCAUCUGAUUUUAGUUUGUGUUCUUGUUUCCAUUCCAGAGAGUUUAGAAGAUAAUUUAGCACGUAGAGGAACGGUUACACAGUCAGCCACAUUUUACCCAUGGAUAGCUCAAUACGCCAUAGAUGGUGUAAGAUAUAGAUCAGGUACAGCUGCAUACUGCUCUGUUACUGGAAAUGUAUUGAAUCCAUGGUGGAGGUUGGAUCUCUUGGAUUAUUAUAGGAUAAGUACAGUAGUCAUCACUGCUAGAUCAGACUGUUGUGCUUGGGAAACCAAUGGAGCAGAGAUUCGUAUUGGAAACUCCACUGAAAACAAUGGAAUCAACAAUCCCAUAUGUGCUGUUACUUCAGGUUUUCAAGGUGGUCAAACUAUCAGUUACUCAUGUGGUGUAAUGGUGGGACGUUAUAUAAAUGUGGUCGUUAUUGGACGUACAUGUACUCUCUCUCUCUGUGAGGUUGAGGUCUAUGAAACAGAGAAUAUAGCACGUAAAGGAACGGUUAUACAGCCAUCAACAUAUUACACUAGGGUAGCUGAAAAUGCCAUAGAUGGUAUAAGAUAUGGAUCAGUUGAUGCCUAUUGCUCCUGUACCGGACUUGAAGCUACACCAUGGUGGAGGUUGGAUCUCUUGGAUUAUUAUACUAGUACAAUAAUCAUCACUGCUAGAUCAGAUGGUUAUUUUGAGGAAACCAAUGGAGCAGAGAUUCGGAUCGGAGACUCAUUGGAAAACAAUGGAAACAACAAUCCCAUAUGUGGUGUAAUAUCUGGUGUCACUGGCAGUACCAGUACCUUCAGUUUUUCGUGUGAUGGAAUGGAGGGACGUUAUGUGAAUGUGAUCAUACCUGGACCUGGUCAUCUCACUGUGUGUGAGAUGGAGGUCUAUGGAAAACGUGUUUUAAAAAAAAACAUUUUGAGACUGAAAUUUCUCUCCAGUGUUGAUGCAGCGGCUCUGAGCGACAAAAUCCUCUCUCAGCUGCAGUCUGCUCUGUCAUUAUACAUCUCUGAUUUUAAACUGUCCUGGACACAAUGCCCCUAUAAAGAGAAAGUGAAACAACAGAACACAGACUCCUCCGACAAAACCUUUGCCUUCUUGGGUUUCGUUGCUGCUUCGGCCAUGAUAACAACAUACACCUGCGUGACAGAAUAUACAAACGCUAGUUAG